AGAAAAGCUGUUCCUGGAAUGAAGAAAAAACAACAUGAAAAAACCAAUGCUGUGGUUGUUUCUAUAUUUCUAUAGUGUGGUAUUUAAACACUUAGCAAUUGCUCUCCCGCAUACACUUGUGUAGGGAAGCGGUUAAACAAUAUUUUCAUCCUUCUUUUCCCAAGGAGAAAACCAAAAGCAUACCAACCUUAAAUAACAAACACAGAGGACAAUCUUGAAAGACCUAAAAUGACGUAUCUAGCAAGAAGCUGGCAGCCAAGCUUGUCAUCUGCCUGCCUGCUGGUUCGCUAGAGGGAAGUGGGUCUCAAACUUUAAUAUGUAUACCAGUCACCUGAGGCUGUUGCUAAAAUGUAGUCUGAUUCGGCAGGUUGCAGGGGAGAGGGAGAAGAGCCGAGAAUGUGCAUGUCUAAAAGCUCCCAGGUGAUGCCAAUGCUUCUGGUCUCCAGACCUAGACCUCUAGCUUAGACGUGUGCUGACCAGUACUGUAGGCACAUGCGGCUAUUAAGCCCCUGAAAUAUGACUAGAUAAGCCGUCAGUGUAAAAUACCGAUUUCCAAGACUUAGUGGAAAACAAAAAAAACAAAAAAAAAGGAAACUACCUCAAUGAUGUGUACCGACCACACUGAUUUUAUAUUUCGUGUAUUUUGAGCUAAAUAAAAUGUACUAGUAGGAUUACUUCCCUCUAUAUUUUACAUUGCACACGUGGCUCGCAUUACCGGGCAGCGGUGCGCUAGACUAACAACCGUCUCCAUUCUGAAGCUUCCAGUAUUGUGAGACUUUAAGAAUAAAAGCAACACCUCUCUUCCCAUAGGUGGUUCGAAAGCACACCUUUUGUUCCCCAACUAUUUACCAGAAAUAAAAUGAAAAAUCAAAGAUUUAAAAAACAACAAAACUGACUCCUCUCACUUCUGCUUAAGCUCCACCUAAGCCACUGCUUUUCUCUCCUUCCGGUUCCCACGCUCCGAGAUCGAACCACCCACAGAAAAACAAUAACUAAAAAGUGGUCUCCAUCCCUGAAGCCAAGCUGGGAGAAGAGCCGAAUGUCGCGCUUCCUGGCCGCCCAAACCCAGGAGGAGGAAACCUGAUAAUCAGCGAGCGACGUCUCUCGACUCCUCCUCCUGCUCCUCCUCCAGCGCCGACCUUUCCAAGAUGGCAGGCGCCGGAGAUUAGCUUUCGCUUCCGGUGUGGAUUCACCAAUGAACUUGAAGCAUCCUCAUGACCUAGUCAUAUUAAUGAGACAAGAAACAACAGUUAACUACCUCAAAGAAUUAGAGAAACAAUUAGUUGCUCAAAAAAUUCACAUAGAAGAGAAUGAGGACAGAGACACAGGACUGGAACAGAGACAUAAUAAAGAAGACCCAGACUGCAUCAAAGCCAAGGUGCCCUUAGGGGACCUGGAUCUGUAUGAUGGCACAUACAUAACCUUGGAGAGCAAAGACAUCAGUCCUGAAGAUUAUAUAGACACAGAAUCUCCUGUCCCUCCAGACCCUCAGCAACCUGAUUGUACUAAAAUUCUAGAACUUCCAUAUAGUAUACAUGCUUUUCAGCACUUGAGAGGUGUACAAGAGAGAGUUAAUCUUUCUGCACCUCUACUACCUAAAGAAGACCCAAUCUUCACAUAUUUAUCUAAGCGAUUAGGAAGGAGUAUAGAUGACAUAGGCCACCUCAUUCAUGAAGGCCUACAGAAGAACUCUUCCUCAUGGGUACUGUAUAACAUGGCUUCAUUUUACUGGAGAAUUAAGAAUGAGCCAUAUCAGGUAGUAGAAUGUGCCAUGCGAGCACUUCACUUCUCUUCCAGGCACAAUAAAGACAUUGCCCUGGUCAACCUGGCAAACGUUCUACACAGAGCACACUUCUCUGCUGAUGCUGCUGUCGUGGUCCAUGCAGCUCUGGAUGACAGUGACUUCUUCACCAGCUAUUACACUUUGGGGAAUAUAUAUGCAAUGCUUGGGGAAUAUAACCACUCAGUGCUCUGUUAUGACCACGCUUUGCAGGCCAAACCUGGGUUUGAGCAAGCUAUAAAGAGGAAGCAUGCUGUCCUAUGCCAGCAAAAACUGGAGCAGAAAUUGGAGGCUCAACAUAGAUCUCUCCAGCGAACACUGAAUGAGUUAAAAGAGUAUCAAAAGCAGCAUGACCACUACCUGAGACAGCAGGAAAUCCUAGAAAAACAUAAACUGAUUCAGGAGGAGCAAAUCUUAAGAAAUAUCAUUCAUGAGACUCAGAUGGCAAAAGAGGCACAGUUAGGAAAUCAUCAGAUAUGCCGACUGGUAAACCAGCAGCAUAGUUUACAUUGCCAGUGGGACCAGCCUGUACGCUAUCAUCGUGGAGAUAUCUUUGAAAAUGUGGACUAUGUUCAGUUUGGUGAGGAUUCAUCAACCUCCAGUAUGAUGUCUGUGAACUUUGAUGUUCAAUCAAAUCAGAGUGAUAUCAAUGAUUCGGUCAAGUCUUCUCCCGUAGCCCAUUCUAUUCUCUGGAUUUGGGGCAGGGACUCUGAUGCAUAUAGGGACAAACAACAUAUUCUGUGGCCUAAAAGAGCAGAUUGUACAGAAAGCUACCCUAGAGUCCCUGUUGGUGGGGAAUUGCCAACGUAUUUUCUGCCUCCGGAAAACAAAGGACUCAGGAUCCACGAACUCAGCAGUGAUGAUUAUUCUACAGAAGAAGAGGCCCAAACCCCUGACUGUUCCAUAACUGACUUCAGAAAAAGCCACACUCUGUCCUACUUAGUCAAAGAAUUAGAGGUUCGCAUGGAUCUGAAAGCCAAAAUGCCAGAUGACCAUGCACGAAAAAUUUUGCUUUCCCGUAUUAAUAACUAUACUGUCCCAGAAGAAGAAAUUGGGUCUUUCUUAUUUCAUGCUAUUAAUAAGCCAAAUGCUCCUGUCUGGCUCAUACUCAAUGAAGCUGGACUAUACUGGAGAGCAGUAGGAAAUAGCACUUUUGCUAUUGCCUGUCUUCAGAGGGCUUUGAAUUUAGCUCCACUUCAAUACCAAGAUGUUCCUCUUGUCAACUUGGCCAACCUUUUGAUUCAUUACGGCCUUCAUCUUGAUGCCACUAAGCUGCUACUUCAAGCUUUGGCCAUCAAUAGCUCUGAGCCUCUGACCUUUUUGAGCCUGGGAAAUGCUUACCUUGCUCUGAAGAAUAUCAGUGGAGCACUUGAGGCCUUUAGACAGGCCUUGAAAUUAACCACCAAAUGCCCAGAGUGUGAAAACAGCCUGAAGUUGAUCCGCUGUAUGCAGUUUUAUCCUUUUCUGUACAACAUCACUUCUUCUCUUUGCAGUGGUAAUUGUCAUGAGAAAACCCUGGACAACAGCCAUGACAAACAGAAAUAUUUUGACAACUCACAGUCACUGGAUGCUGCUGAAGAAGAGCCCUCUGAGAGAGGAACAGAGGAGGACCCUGUGUUCUCUGUUGAGAAUUCAGGAAGGGACUCAGAUGCCCUUAGACUUGAAAGUACGGUGGUUGAGGAGAGCAAUGGCUCUGACGAGAUGGAGAACUCAGAUGAAACCAAAAUGUCAGAAGAAAUACUGGCUUUGGUGGAUGAAUUUCAGCAGGCAUGGCCUUUGGAAGGCUUUGGGGGUGCACUGGAGAUGAAAGGGCGGCGUCUAGACUUACAAGGAAUACGGGUGCUGAAGAAAGGUCCCCAGGAUGGAGUGGCCAGAAGCUCUUGCUACGGAGACUGCAGAAGUGAAGAUGAUGAAGCAACAGAAUGGAUUACAUUCCAGGUCAAACGUGUAAAGAAACCCAAAGGAGAUCAUAAGAAAACUCCUGGGAAAAAAGUAGAAACAAGUCAGAUAGAAAAUGGACAUCGUUACCAAGCAAACCUGGAGAUCACUGGCCCCAAGGUGGCAUCUCCUGGGCCACAAGGAAAAAAACGUGACUACCAGCGUCUGGGAUGGCCCAGCCCAGACGAAUGCGUCAAACUCCGCUGGGUAGAGCUGACUGCCAUCGUGAGUACCUGGCUUGCAGUUUCUUCAAAAAACAUUGACAUCACAGAACACAUAGACUUUGCCACCCCUAUACAGCAGCCAGCAAUGGAGCCUCUUUGCAAUGGCAAUCUCCCCACGAGUAUGCAUACCCUGGACCACUUGCAUGGGGUUUCCAACCGAGCCAGCCUGCACUACACAGGGGAGAGUCAGCUAACAGAGGUAUUACAAAAUCUCGGCAAAGACCAAUAUCCACAACAGUCGCUUGAACAAAUUGGCACCCGAAUUGCCAAAGUUUUGGAAAAGAACCAGACGUCCUGGGUCCUCUCCAGCAUGGCAGCCCUCUACUGGAGGGUGAAAGGCCAAGGAAAGAAGGCAAUCGACUGCCUCCGCCAGGCUCUGCACUAUGCACCACACCAGAUGAAGGAUGUGCCCCUGAUUAGCCUGGCCAACAUCUUGCACAAUGCCAAGCUCUGGAAUGACGCCGUCAUAGUGGCCACCAUGGCAGUAGAGAUCGCACCACACUUUGCUGUGAACCACUUCACUCUGGGCAAUGUCUACGUGGCAAUGGAAGAAUUUGAAAAAGCACUGGUGUGGUAUGAAUCCACAUUGAAGCUUCAGCCCGAGUUUGUCCCGGCCAAGAACCGAAUCCAGACCAUCCAGUGUCACUUAAUGCUGAAGAAGGGACGGCGCUCUCCUUAGUGCACUUCUUCUUUCUCUCUUUCUCUUUACUCAUGCUCUCAAAAAAAAAAAAAAAGAAAAAAAGAAAAAAGAAACCAAUCAUUGUCAGUAUCUACUAUUAAUGAUGUGUGUGAAAAUAAGACUUGUAACAGGACUUUUACAUAUGCGGGAAUUGGUUUGUUUUUAAGUUUCUCCUUUCCCCCAACCAGCCUCAGAAGAGGCACCUUCAGAAACACACAUUUCUUAAAAGGAAAGUGCAGCUUCAAGAUAUUGUGUAAAUACUGAGCCAAGACAUUUCUGGAGCUGUGCUCUGUCUCCAAAAACCUCACUGCCUUUAGGGCUUUUCUCAGUGGUCCAGCUAGCCUCCUCUUUGGAGGAGGACGAAGCCGCAUUGCUCAUUCUCUGCUUCCUGUCGUAGCCUCUGUUGUCAGUGGAAAUGCAGAAGCUCAUCUGGUGCCCGUCGGUGAGAAGCAACGUUCUGCGCUCUCUCCAUUAGACCUCCAUGCUGUCCCCAGUCUUGUACGUUCCAUGCUGCUAUGUUACAAACUCUCAGAGGUAGUUUGCAGGGGAGGAAGGGGAAUAUGAAUUUUAAAACAAAAUAUUUACAACAACAAAAAUUCUUAGGAUCAGCUGACCUUUGUAAUGUUAUUUAUGUUGGGGAGGGAGGGGGGCUGAGAAGGGGAAAUCAGCAGUGUGCAACAUCUUUCUCAUUUGUACUUUAAUUACCAAUCACAAGGAAACCAAUAAGUUGAAAUCCUAUAUAACAGGUUUAUAUAUAUAGAAUAUGUAUAUUUGAAGCCCUCUACAGACUGAGUCUAUGUUUUACUAAUUCUUUGUUCACUGUGUUACCCAUCUUGGAAUAAGGUGUGAGUGUCAGCUCCCUCUCUCUGAGGCCUCCCGACUUCGCUCCUCAGGAGAGUAAUGAGCCAAGGUUGAGUGUUUCCAUACAAUGCUUUUACCUUUGGUCCCAGGAGAAUCAGAAACUCCAACAUUUUGGAAUCUUCAAGGGCACAUACUGAGAAAAAAAAAUAAAAUUGUUUAUGAGCAAAA